UACAAAAUAAAUCCAACAACCAACAACAAUUGAAAAUUCUCGUGCGUUUGUAACUGAUUUUCGUACGCUGGUACUUUUAGUGCGUUCGUAGGCCUGCUAAACAACGCGUCUUGAGCGCUUUUUAUUUCGUUCUUCUAUUGUUGACUGACUAACUGACUUAAAGUUGUCAUCUUCAUAAAACCGCCUUAGGAAACAAUUGUAAAAAUAAAUCCAACAAAAAAAAUAAAAAAAAAAUUAGAAAAAAUAAAAAGUACCAAACUAAACUAAACUAAACGUCCAAGUUCUAAAAUAAACGUGUCGUAAUAACAGUUGAAAAAAAGUAAAAAAAAAAAUUACAAAUAAAAAAAAAACAAUUGCAAUUUAUUACAAAAUUGCUGUGCAUUUUCCUGGAAAAAUAAUUAUUAUAAUAAACAAAAAAAAAUAAUAAAUAAAUAAAAAUACAAAAACAAAGAAACCAACAAACAUAACAGACCCCAACAAUUUGAAGGGUUUUAAGGUUGAUCGAUUUUAAACAUAUUUUGAAACUGAAAUCAAAAAAACAAAAAUGACCGACACAAUGAGUUCUGCCGGUCAGAUGGAUAUCUCGUUAAAAGAUAAUGGACUCAUUGUAGACAUGUCGACAACAGCCUCUUUACUGCAUCACAAUACAUUACACGCUCAUGCCUUGCGCAGUCUCAAGGAACAUCAUCAACAGCAGCAGCACCAGCAACAGCAGCAUCUGCAACAUCAUCAUCACAGUUCUGAAGAACAAUCCUCUUCGUCGUCAGAUAAUGGGGCGGACAAUAAACCAGUUGUAUCACAAUUACAAAAUACACCCAUCACAGCCAACGUUAGCAUAUCGCCCACAAAUCUAUCAACGAAUUCCGCCAGUUCACCAUCUCUCACUACAUUCCGCUGUGAACGCUGUGAAAAUUUCGAAACCAGUUCCAGAGCAUCCCUGCUCUUGCAUGUCGUACAGUGUCUAUCGAAUUCAGCAGCCCGUCUCAAAAACGAAGAUGGUGAACCGGAAAAUUUACAGAGCCCAGCCAGUGCGCCACCACCAACCAGUGCAUUAAGUGUGUCAGACAGUCAUCCCAGUGUGGUUACAGGCAGCAACAGUGCCAUGGCCAAUGGCAGUGCCAGUAGUCCGGCCGCAAAUUCUUCGACUUCUUCACAGCCAGCCUCACGCAAAGUAUUCGAAUGUGAUGUGUGCAAUAUGAAAUUUUCAAAUGGUGCGAAUAUGAGGCGCCACAAAAUGAGGCAUACGGGUGUAAAGCCUUACGAGUGCAGAGUGUGCCAAAAGAGAUUCUUCCGUAAAGAUCAUUUGGCGGAGCAUUUUACCACACAUACGAAAACGCUGCCGUAUCAUUGUCCCAUAUGCAAUCGCGGUUUUCAACGUCAAAUAGCCAUGAGAGCUCAUUUUCAAAAUGAACAUGUGGGACAGCAUGAUCUCGUCAAAACUUGCCCCCUGUGCAGUUAUCGAGCGGGUUCUAUGAAAUCGCUGAGAAUACAUUUUUUCAACAGACAUGGCAUUGAUUUGGAUAAUCCGGGACCGGGCGGUUCAUCGUCGUUGUUGCUCGCUCUGGAGUCACAGGCAUCACAAGUAGCUGCCGCCGCCGCUGCUGCCGGUUUUGUGCCGACCGGCCUGAAUGCCGUAGCAGCAGCGGCUGCAGCUGCUGCCAAUGCUGUCAAUUCCAAUGCGGCCAUUGUGUCGGCCGCCGCCAACAGUAUGCCCAGCCACCAGAGCGACAGCGGCGAGUCGCUACGUUCCGUGGAGAAUGCUACACCACCCAUGCACUAUUUAACACCACAUGUGGAGAUCUCAACCUUGCCCGACAAUGGCCUCUCGGAUAACGCCAUAUUCAAUGUAAAGCAAACUUCCAAUAUUAAUGAUUCUCUUAAGUCUGUAGUAAAUUCAUUGACUUCCUCUACUUCAUUCUAUUCUCGUUCGUCCGUUGAGAAUGUGCUCUUAUGCGUUUUGCGUGCGUUUGAUUUGCAGGGUCACACCACAGCCACAUCAUCAGCAUCCACCACCAUCCACACGGCCGGAAGCACCACAACCGAGGGAGGCGGCGGUGGAGGAGGACCGAAGGAUCGUGAUACUAUUAUGCAGUCACCGGUACCGUUGACCAUUAGCAGUAUGCCACCACAGGAACAUCCCUUAGAUUGUAAUGCCAAAUCGUUGCCUUCAAGUACAAGCAGCAGUGCGAGCGGACCCCUUUGUGGACCCAUGACAUCAGUAUCGCCAAAACAUCAUCAUCAUGAGAAUCAUAUAACACCCUCCAUCAGUCUGAUACCCAUCAAACAGGAGCCCCCGAGUGAAGAUGCCUGUAAAAAUAAUAUUAAUGGUGAUACCAUGAAUGGCGGCGAUAGCAGUGAAUCGGAAUUUUCAGCACCCAAUAUGAGAUUAACAUCUUUGAUUAAGAUGCCACUUAUUUCUUAUGAACCCUUACAGGUAUCGCCACUGAAAUCGCUGCUCAGAGAAGAUCUAAAACGGCGCAUUUGCGCCAAAGCAAAUAAUCGUAUUACCCGUAAUGCUGCCUCUAUGGAAAAUAAUAAUGUGAUACAAAGCAGUUUAACGCCCACAUGUGGAGCGGCCACAUCGUCUACGCCCAUCUGCAAUGGUACGAUUACCUCAACGGGGCCCGAAAGUGAUUCAGGUGUCUUAAAUCGCAAACAAAUACUAGCAUGCCUCUUUUGCGGCAUCGAAUUUCCCGAUGAAACUCUAUAUUUCCUGCACAAGGGCUGUCAUUGUGAGAGCAAUCCCUGGAAGUGCAACAUAUGCGGCGAACAGCUGAACAAUGUCUACGAAUUCAAUGCUCAUCUACUGAGCAAGAGUCAUCAAUAGCAACCAAUGCACAAGGAUGUUCAUGCGACAUCUUCGGCAGCGGGCGGUGAGGCGAAAAACUCUUUGUAAGUAAUGUCAACUUAGGAGAAAAUUAGUCAGACAAGGGCAGACAUGCGGAAAGAGCCAGAAGUGAGGCAUUUCAUAUGAUGAUUUUAAUUGUUUAUUACAAUAAUAUUACAUAUUAUUAUUUCUUUUUAUUAUUAUUAUUUUAACAAACUAAAACCAAUACUAGUUGUAAGUUGUUCUUUUAACAAAACUACAAAAAAUACAUUUAAAACAUAAAAAGCAACAAAUGGGCAAUGGCAAUAUUUUAAGUAAAAACAACAAAAAAAAAUUCUAAAAAUUUAAUAACAAAUUAAAACAAAACAAAAACAUUGGAGUGUGAUAGUUAGUCGUUAGAUUUAAAAUUGAAAAAUUAAAACAAAAUUUAUCAGAUUUAAAAAAAAAAAACAAAUAUAUAUUUUAGUUUAAAAGAAAACAAAACAAAACUGUAACAGUAACAGUAACUGCAUGAUAACAAACCAAUAGAUGCACUUAUUUAACAAAAAAUAAAUAAAAAACAAAAAAAUAAUGUUAAAACUUUACAAAAAAAUACCUUAAAACUACAAUAUAAUUUCUAAAUCAUAUAAGGGGCCUUGGACUUGCCCUAAAAUCGAAAUAUUUCCAAUUUAAUUUAACAAAGAGUUUACUUUAUAUGGAGAUUGAACAAAGUUUGAACCUUGUGAUAAUUUGGGUGUAACACUAAGUCCAAAAUACUUUUCAACUGCAAACAUAAUAAAAUCAAACUAUAAAUCUCCUUAAACUGCAUUAAAUAGUUUUAUCAAAAGAAUUAAUAAAAUAGAUUUAUAGUUGUCAACAAAAACAAAAAAAAAAGACUCAGCAAAGCACAGUGGAGGAGGGAGAGGUAAAAAGUUUUAAAUAAAAUUUACAGUAAUUAUGUAUUUUUGAAUUAUAAACAAGUUUUGAAAAAGUGAAUUCGCACAGCAGUCUGGUUUGGAAUCGCACAUUUCAAUGAAGUCUUGAAUUUAAAAAUAAAAUUAAAAAUUUUACUAAAUUGUUGCUCAUCAAUUCGCUUAAAUUUGAAUUUUGUGCAAUUUCGAAAAUUUGUAUCACUUUUUAAAUAAGUUUAGAACGAUUUGCUACUAAACUGACGGACAGCAGCAUUAAGCUAGGUACUCUGUUCAAAAUUUCGUGCGAAGUGGCAACCUUAUUUUUCCACACGAAAUAACAUACGCAGCACUUCUUUCGCACGAAAUUAAAACCAACAGCUAGCUGUCAAACAGCAUGUAAAAUUUUUCGCAUGAAAAAACCAUAAUUUUUCGCAAAUUUGAACAGAGUACUAGGCUUUAUUGUGAUCAUAAAUAAUGGAUUGCUUAUUCUCAAAAAAAGCUUUAUUGUUAAAAAAUAUUUUGUUUUCGUAUUUCAUACUAAAAGAAUGUUUUUUUUGUUAAAAAAAGCCUUUA